AUGCCCUCUGUAUUCUCUUCCAACACCUGGAACAUGCUCAGAUCUGGAAAUACUGGUGUUAGCUCUGAACUUGGUCAUUUUUGGCCAUAUCAACAAACUCUCUGUUCUCUGGCUAUUCUGAGCCCAGAAGAAAACACAUCAUUGGCUUUCUGCCAGUUAAAUCCUAUGGAUUUCUAUGCCACCUCUUCCUUAAACUAUGGUAAGACCUUAGCUUGA